CGAGUCGGCCGCUCAACCUUCCAGAACCCCCAGCAUCAGAAAACCCCACCCACCAUGCCCGCCGGUCGCUCGCCGGCGUCCUCGGGCCGGCGCCGGAGCCGCAAGAAAGGCCCGCCGACACCCUCCCCGCCUCUCCCUGCCCAGGAUUCGAACCCGCUGCCGCCCGGCACCGAGAUCGAGGUCCGCAUCGACGACGAGGGCUUCUACGGCUCCUGGUACGAGGCCACCGUUGUCGGAUUCGACCCCGCCGCCGGCAGGUCCCCGGCGAAGUACACCGUCACCUACGCCCACCUCGAAGCCCAGGACGGCCCCGAAUCCGUCGACCCCUCCCACGUCCGCCCGCGGCCCCCGCCUCCGUCGAGCCGGGGAUCACCAUCGUCGACCCCUGCGCCGCCGCCGCGCUUCCUCCUACACGACUUCGUCGAGGCGUUCGACUGCAACGGCUGGUGGUCGGGCAUCGUCGUCGCGCCCGCGCCCGCCGACCCCGGCUCCCCCGUCACCGUUGCGUUCCCCAUCACCCGCGAGGUCCUCCCUUUCCCCCCACACCUCGUCCGCCCCCGCCGCGACUACGUCGGCGGCGGGUGGGUCCCGUCGCAGGCCGUGAUCGCCGUCAAGCCGAGGCGUCCCGUCAGGGUCUACAAGGCCGGGGAGAAGGUCGAAUUGCUGAGGGAACGGGGGGCGUACGGCGACUGCUCCUGGUUCCCCGCGACGGUGGCCAAGGCGGUCGACAGGCUGAGCUACGUCGUGGAGUUCAUGGAUGAUCAGGUGGGCGGGGGGAAGGCGGCGGCGUACCGGCACUGGGGGUACAUCAGGCCGGCGGAGUACCAUCGCCCGCGGGGGAGCAAGGUGCGUCUUUGCCCUGGCGCUGUGGUGGAGGUGUACUGCGACGGGGCAUGGUCGCAGGGAGUGGUGCGCAGGGUUGUUAGGGAGGGUUGUGAGUAUGAGGUCAGUGUCCAUGACGAGGAGGCGGAGCAGUUGCUAACCAAGGUGGUGCACCAGCUGAGGCCACUGUACAUUUGGAAUGGCAAGCAUUGGACGAAUCCGGGUGACAAGAUACAUGUUAACUUGAGGCAACAACCUGCAUCUGGGAAAUGUCCAAGCUCACUUGUCGAUGCCACAUCUAGUGAUGAUGAACAUAGUGGUAUUCCUGAAUCUCCAACAGCCAAAAAGUCAAGGGGGGAAACACACCUUAAAGCACAAGCACAUCAGGGGAAAAUUGAUGCCUUUGGUCAUGUGCAAAUUCAGUUGGAGGAAAAGAAGAAUUCCUCUGGUAAAGAAAUUGUUUGUGAUUUGAGUGACUCUGCAGUAUGUCAGAAAACUUCAGCUUGGACUCGACAGGUGUCAGGAGGGACAAGUAGCGGUUCAGAUUCUGAAGGUGUUAACUUUGAUAAAUUGGCUACAAAGGAAUGUCCUGGUCUGCUGGACAAAGAGCUGUCUCGUACGAUCAACAGGGUUUGUCAAGCGAACAGAAAUGCAGAUGUGUGCACAGACACUGCUGCUACACAAGUGACAGAAAGCAACCCUCUUACAGAGAUACCUAUCCUAUCUCUUGAUCAUGUAGUUCAACAGGAUGGGAGCAAAGUGGAUGAGAGGUCAAACAUGCUACAUUCACAGAAUGCCAAGAGCUCAGAGUUUACCACUGACAGCAUCCAAUUGAGGACCUGCUCCUUUUCUGGGAGUUAUGUGCCUUCACACAUGUCUUUCUCUCAAAUCUCUGAUUAUCAGGUUCCAUUUGUCAAGAGCUCACCUGUAUGGCCUCUAAUUGAUGCGUUGGAUGUGUUUAAGAAGGUAUCACAGCAACCACAUUUCCGUCCACUUACGAAACUUUUGCCAUCAUUGCGUGAAGGAACGGCUAUAGGUCUGAUGGCCACAUUUGCCAGCACAGUGGAGGAUAUAAGCAAAUUAAGCAUAGCAGACAGCAUUGCAUCAUUUGAAGAGAAGAUCACUACGCUUCGCCAUCUGGAGGAACAUGGAUUUGAUGUUCAGUUUUUGCAGUGUAGCCUGGUUAAACUGAUCCAAGUCAAAUUUAAUCAUACUAGUUACCUCACAGAAAAAGACCAACUGAAAGCACAGUUGCUGGAGAAGUCAGCUUGCCUGUCCCAAAUUGAUGAGCGACUUGACAAUGAGAAACAAACUAUGGCUAGGCUUGAGGAGGAACUUGGGCGUGCUCGCUGCGAAGCACAGAAAAUAGCUGAGGAGAAAGAGCGUGAAGAUGGAGAGCUCUUAAUACUGAAUGCAGCUAAAAGAAGCGUUGAGGAAGCAAGUGCUAGUGCUGAGCUGCAGUUUCAGACUGUCUUGGCUGAGCUGCGUCGCGGGAGCUUAUCAUCAUAAGUUGCUGAUUGAUCAUUUUGAUCUCUCUAGCUUGACAUCUUGUUAACUAAUGCUCCAGGGCAGUACUAAAAAGAAUGCUCCAGGGCCUCGGUUACCGAAUUUGAUAGUGUGGUUGUGAGGUCCUUUAAUGACUGAAUCUGUUAGACUUUCUCUCUUUCACUGUUUGUUCUUUUGUGGUCUGAAACUUCACCUGGAACUUUAGCCAAACAUCGUGUGGUGUUGCCUUUACCCGAUUGAACCGGGCUUUGAUAUUGUUCAUGCCAGAUUUUCCCCAGGAGAAUCUGAGUUGCGCGGGGGUUGGCAAGCUGUGAAUUUGUGGUUGACUGGGGCACCAGUUUUAAUUAUGAGAAGAAUUAGCUUUUGUUUGGAA